AUGGCGAGGUUUAUCCCUGGAUUCGUAUUGCCUAUGCUCCUUCUAACAGCAUCUAUACUUAACUGGAGUUUGAUAUCUUUGGUUGAUUUAAUAGCAUUCCUUCUCAUUCUGUACACUGCUCCUAGAAAAGGCCCUCGCUUCCGUCAACAACCUUUGAUAUCAUGGUCUGUCCUUAUAUUAUCCUCUUUGACCCUACUCUCUCAUGCUAUAUUUCAUAUUGUUUUGGCUAUUGAGGGGGAUCAGUGGAGUACUACUGAUGCUCAGUGGGCUCAGCUAAUUGGAUUUAUAAGAGUACAGUCUUGGAGGACUUUACCGAUAGAGUACUUUUUGGUCAUGCAAGUAUUAGCAACCUUUCUUUCUCUAAUUGAAAUCUAUGGAAAUCGAUUUGGUCAAGAUGCAUGCAGAAAUUUUCAUUCAGGGCAUCUAUGUUCUUCUGUUCUGCUGAUAGGAUCUCAUCUCAAGGGCUUGUGCUGCUUAUUGUUGCCUGCUGUACAACUAAUUGCUGGGAUUAGUCAUGCAUCUUGGGUUUCUUUACCUUUUUUCGUCUGUAGCAGUAUAGGGCUAGUUGAUUGGUCUUGGACAAGCAAUUAUUUAGGUAUUUUUCGGUGGUGGAGGUACCUUCUCUUUUAUGCUGGCUUCAAUAUCAUCUUGCUGUACAUAUAUCAACUUCCUAUUGAAUUCCCAGAGACCUUUAGGUGGAUUUUUUGCCACUUUGGGCUGUUCAAACUUUCUACAAAGUCAGAAUGGUCAGAAGUUUGUUCUGGUCUUUCACUUCUACUUUUCUAUAUUAUGCUAUCCUGGAUUAGAAGUGAUCUAGUCGAAAUGGAAAUUGUCACAUCAACAAGAGAAAGUGACUUGACCGAGCAACUUCUUCCCAAAAAGCAUUCUCAUUUUGUUCACGAAUCCAGGUCUAGUGUGAGGCAUAUCAAUUUCUUAUUGCGAGGAGCUGUUUCUCGGUCAUUCACCAUUAACUUUUUAACAUAUGGUUUUCCGAUUUCCUUGCUGGCUCUAUCAUUAUGGAGUUUCCACUUUGCAAGUCUGUGCUCAUUUGGAUUGCUUGCUUAUGUGGGAUACAUCUUUUAUGCCUUCCCUUCCAUGUUUCGGUUACACCAAUUGAACGGCGUGCUUCUUGUUUUCAUUCUCGUUUGGGCAGCUAGCACAUAUAUCUUCAAUGUAGCAUUCACUGUCUCCAAAAACAAAUUAUGGAAGGAGAUGGAGAUAUGGGAAACUAUAGGCUUGUGGCAUUACCCUAUCCCAGGAUACUAUUUGCUUGCUCAAUUUGGUCUUGGUUUUCUUGUUGCUAUGUGUAAUCUUGUGACCGGUUCAGUGUUAUUGUGCAUUACUGAUCAAGGACAAUUAAAAGCUGAUGAAUCUGUAGUGGAAGAUGAAGAAGAGACUACAGUAUUAGUUGUGGCAACAAUAGCAUGGGGACUGCGCAAGUGCUCACAUGCUGUUGUACUGAUAUUGAUAUUUCUUAUUGCGAUAAGGCCUGGUCUCAUUCAUGCGGUUUAUAUGAUUUUCUUUUUAAUUUAUCUAUUAAGCCACGCAAUCAAUUGUAAAUUACGCCAAGCUAUUAUCCUUUUAUGCGAAGCACAGUUUGCACUUCAGUUCAUUCUUCAACUUGAUCUGAUCUCCAAAACUUUGGAUCAGAAGGGUUCGUAUGUUUUACAAAUUCUCUCACAAUUAGGCCUGCUUAAUCAUAUCUAUUCAGUGGAUUUCUUCAAAAUAUCGAUUCUUGCUUGCUUCUGUGCAAUUCACAAUCAUGGGCUUCAAACACUCCUUUUAUUUUCAGCUAUUGUACGGCAUACAUCUUGCCGUCCAGUUGGGUUCAGCAUCUUGAGAGCUUGCUUGAACAAACCUGUUCGUUUAUCAGGUUAUAGUCCAAGAUCUAGUGAGAGCCAAGAAACUCAUGAGAGGAAGACGAUAUCCUAUUUGAACAUCAUAAGACAGAAUUUCCUUUCUGUUUAUCGGUCAUGUGGAAAAUACAUUGCCUUUCUGACAGUUCUCCUCAGUGUGUACCUUUGCACACCCAACUAUGCUUCAUUUGGUUACUUAUUCUUUCUCCUACUGUGGAUAAGUGGAAGACAACUUGCGGGCAAAACAAGAAAGCAUCUUUGGUAUCCUAUGAAAGUUUAUGCUGUAAUGGUGUUUGUUUCCAUUUACAGCAUUGGGGUCUUUUCCAGCUCAGAGAUGUGGUUUCCCAGGAUCAUUGAUCUUCAAACGCUAUUUGGCUAUAACCCAGCAGCUUCAAUGUUGCAAAACAUUUGGGAAUCCUUGGCUGUACUGGUUGUGAUGCAGCUAUACAGUUAUGAAAGGAGGCAGAGCAAAAGUUCUGGAUCAAGUGACUAUGAUGCACCAGAAAUAGGACCGUUUGCUUUUACCAGACGUCUUCUGGUUCGACAUACUGAGAAAAUAUUAUCUCUUGCUUUGUUUUACGCAUCAUUAUCACCUAUAAGUGCAUUCGGUUUUCUGUAUCUUCUUGGUUUAAUUAAUUGUUCAAGAUUACCAAAGUCUUCUCAGAUCCCUGCAAAAGUAUUUCUAGUUUAUUCAGGACUUCUUAUAAUGGUUGAAUAUCUCUUCCAGAUGUGGGGAGAUCAGGCUGAGAUGUUCCCUGGUCAAGAACACUCCCAAUUAUCCUUAUUUAUGGGUUUACAGUUGUAUAAACCUGGUUUUAAAGGUCUAGAGUCAGGGUUGAGGGGAAAGGUUGUGGUUAUUAUAGCAUGCAUACUUCAAUACAAUGUUUUUCGUUGGUUGGAGAAGAUGCAUCAUGUUAGUGGAAACGGAAGAACAUGGAAUGAGCUUUGUCCUCUUUUCAAUCUAGUAGAAGUUCCAAAUGAAACUAUUGCCUGCACCCCACAAAGCAAACAAUCGGAAAAUCCCACUUCACCAACAAUUAAAAGAGGUGUAAGAAGUCGUUCAUGGCCAACAGUUAAUUCUGCAUUAUCCCAAGAGCCGGAUUCAGGACUUGAAAGAGAAAGUGCCAAAAAGUUUCGACAUUUUCAUUUUUGGGAGAGUUCCAAGGAUAGCUUUAAGUGGAAUAGAAAACGGAUUCUUUUCUUGAGAAAAGAGAGGUUCGAGAUGCAGAAGACUGUUUUAAAAGUAUCUUUGAAGUUCUGGAUAGAGAAUAUGUUCAAUUUGUUUGGUCUUGAAAUCAACAUGAUUGUUUUGCUUCUUGCUAGCUUUGCUGUGUUGAAUGCCAUCUCAUUACUCUAUAUAGCAUCACUUGCUGCUUGUGUUCUUCUACAUCGGCUACUUAUUAAAAAAUUAUGGCCUGUUUUUGUUUUUCUAUUUGCUUCUAUCAUCACUGUUGAAUACGUGGCUAUCUGGAUGCACCUUGCUUUUACGAACCAACAGAUUGAAGAACAAGUACCAUGCCAUGAUUGUUGGAGAGUAUCAGAUAUAUAUUUUAGCUACUGCAAAAAGUGUUGGCUAGGAAUUAUUGUUGAUGAUCCUCGUAUGCUUAUUAGCUAUUAUGGGGUUUUCAUGUUUUCAUGUUUCAAAUUCCGUGCUGACCAGUCAUCUAGUCUCACUGGAUUAGAGCUGUAUCAAAAAAUACUCUCUCAAUGGAAGUCCGCGUCUGUACUAAGUGAUCUUUCAUUUGAAACAAAGGGAUACUGGACAUUUCUUGACCACCUGAGGCUUUACGGUUACUGUCACUUGCUAGAUUUUGUUCUUUCAUUGAUUUUGAUUACCGGAACUCUUGAAUAUGACAUUCUACAUCUUGGCUACCUUGGUUUUGCUCUGAUUUUCUUCCGAAUGAGGCUAAAAAUACUGAAGCAGGGAAAUAAAAUUUUUAGAUUCUUGAGGAUGUACAAUUUUGUCCUUAUUGUCUUUUCUCUUGCAUAUCAAUCUCCUUUUGUUGGUGAUUUGUGUGCGAUCAAACGCGGUUCAAUAGAAUGCAUCAAUGAAUUGGUUGGAUUUCACAAAUAUGAUUAUGGGUUUCGAAUUACAUCAAGAUCAGCAUUUGUAGAAAUCAUCAUAUUCCUGUUGGUAGCACUACAGUCAUACAUGUUUUCAUUUCCAGAGUUUGAUUAUGUUUCAAAAUAUCUCGAGAAAGAGCAGAUUGGAGCUAUACUGCGGCAGCAGGAGAAGAAAGCUGCUUGGAAGACAGCUCAGUUGCGGCACAUACGUAAAGCUGAAGAGCUGAAGCAUCUCCGGAGUUUGCAGGUAGAAAAAAUGAAAUCAGAGAUGCUAAACCUUCAAAACCAGCUUCAUAAUAUGAGCACUGAUGCAAACUGUAGUAAUGCUUCCCUCGAAAUUGAUGGCCUGCGAGAGAGGGGAAACUCUUCCCUAGAUUUUCAUGGGGGAAAUGACUUCAGGAAGCAAGAUCUUGAUAUAAGAAGUACUGCGUCAAUUGGCCCCUUUCAUGGGAAUCAAUCUCAUUUGAGUGAAAAAUCUGUAACUUCAUUGGUACCAGAAUGUUGGAACCAUCCAAUGGAUUCUCAUCAUGGAAUUGUUCAGGUAAAGGAAAGAAUUAAAAGCAAUGAUUUUUGGGAUUUAGAAAAUAGGAAUCGUUAUAAACUUCCAGUCAGGAAAAAUGCUUUAGUUUCAGCUAUACAUUUCAUAGGGAAUGGAGUAUCUCAAGUGCAGUCUCUUGGAAAUAUGGCAGUUAACAAUCUAAUGAACUAUCUGAAGAUAGAAAAUGAAGAACUAGAAUCAACUAAAGAUUCUUCUGAGGAUGAGGAAUACUAUGAGAUUGAGAAUCAGAAUAUGGGUGCAGAACCUCUGGAACCUACAUUUUCCACACACUCUGUUUAUGAGCAUACUGUGCCUGAUACUGCUUGCCUCCAAAUUGGUAUUAUUUUCCGUUACAUGUGGUCCCGAAUGAGGUCGAAUAAUGAUGUGGUUUGCUAUUGCUGCUUUAUUCUAAUAUAUCUAUGGCACUUCAGUUUGCUUUCUGUGGUCUACCUUGCAGCUCUCUACUUAUAUGCUCUCUGUCAAAAUACUGGUCCCAGUUACAUAUUCUGGGUUAUUAUGCUAAUUUAUACGGAGGUGUGCAUUUUGCUUCAGUACUUGUAUCAAAUCAUCAUUCAACACACUGCGUUUGAAUUCCGUGUGAGCUUACUUCAAGAAUUAGGAUUUCCUGCAAAAAAAACAACAUCGUCUUUUGUGACAAGCAACUUACCUUUUUUCCUGAUAUACAUAUUCACUCUUUUGCAAACCUCCAUAACCGUGAAGGAUGGUGGUUGGACAAUUACUGCUGAUCUCAGCUUUUGUAAGAGAAGAAAUCAGAGCUACAUAGAGGAUGUAAAAUGCUCCACCUGCCAAGAGAGAUUACAGAGAUUAUUUUUACCCCUGAAAAAUAUACUGAAAGUGUUGAUCAGAAGCCUCUGUAGAUACUGGAAAUCAUUAACAUGGGGUGCAGAAACUCCCCCUUACUUUGUACAGCUUUCUAUGGAAGUUAACUCGUGGCCUAAAGAGGGAAUUCAGCCAAAGAGAAUUGAAUCCAGAAUAAAUAAGUUGCUGAAGAUCUUGCAUUAUCGGAGAUGCAAAGAGGAGAACCUUUUUAAUUUGCACUCAGCAAGUAGGAUUCGUAUACAGAGCAUUGAAAAAAGUGAAGAGAAUGAAAACUUGUGUUUUGUUGUUUUAGAGGUGUUAUUUGCCUCCCCUCCAAUUGAAUUUACUGCUGAAGAACGGUACAGAUCAUUAACUCCAGCAUCAGAUGUAUCCAAUGAGAUUCGAAAAGCCCAACAUGUUGGUAUUUUUAAAGAAAUAGGGUUUCCAUAUCGAAUACUUUCCGUCAUUGGUGGUGGAAAAAGGGAAAUUGAUCUGUAUGCCUACAUCUUUGGAGCUGAUUUGGCUGUUUUCUUCUUAGUCGCCAUUUUUUAUGAAUCAAUUAUGAAAGCUAACAGUGAGUUUCUUGAAGUCUAUCAGCUUGAAGAUCAGUUCCCAGAAGAUUUUGUAUUAGUUCUCAUGGUUAUCUUUUUCUUGAUCGUGCUAGAUCGUAUUAUAUACCUCUGUUCAUUUGCAACAGGAAAAGUUAUUUUCUAUUUAUUCAACCUUGUUCUUUUCACGUAUUCAGUCACAAAAUAUGCCUGGGACAUGGAUCCUUUGCACAGAUAUUCUGGAAGAGUAGCACUUCGUGCCAUUUAUCUCACAAAAGCAAUUUCUCUGGUUUUACAAGCCACACAACUUCAUUUUGGGAUUCCACACAAAAGUACUUUGUACAGGCAGUUUUUGACCAGUAGUGUUUCACGAAUUAAUUUUUUGGGUUUUCGACUAUAUCGCGCUCUACCUUUCCUUUAUGAAUUAAGAUGUGUGCUAGAUUGGUCUUGCACGACAACAUCUUUGACUAUGUACGACUGGCUGAAGUUGGAAGAUAUUCAUGCGAGCUUGUUUCUUGUCAAAUGCGAUGUGGAUUUGAAUAGAGCCAGCCAUCAACAUGGACAAAAGCAAACAAAAAUGACGAAGUUCUGCAAUGGGAUAUGUUUAUUCUUUGUGUUAUUGUGUGUCAUGUGGGCUCCAAUGCUGAUGUACAGCAGCGGUAACCCAACAAACAUUGCGAACCCGAUCAAAGAUGCUAGUGCUCGGGUUGAUAUAAAGACAUUAAGUGGAAGGUUGACAUUGUUUGAGACUACUUUGUGCGAGAAGAUAUCUUGGGAAAAGCUUGAAGCGCGCACAACUUUGGAUCCUCAGGGCUACCUUAGCGCAUAUGAUGAGAAAGACAUUCAAUUAAUUUGCUGCCAAUCAGAUGCAAGUACAUUGUGGCUUGUUCCACCUGUUGUGCAGGCCAGAUUUUUAAAGUCCCUUAGCUGGAACAUGGACAUUACCUUUUCCUGGGAAUUUACCAGAGAUAGGCCAAAAGGAAAGGAAGUAGUGAAGUAUGAAUUAACCAUACAGGACCAGGAUCUUCCCGAAUCUUCAGAAGUGACUAAAGUUUUCAAUGGUACUUCCAAUAGCUUCACAGUAUUCAAUAUUUACCCUAGAUAUUUUCGGGUCACAGGCUCUGGGGAUGUGCGGUUUCUUGAACAGUCGGUGGAGCUGGUUAGUGGUGAUCUUGUUCUGAACCGCGGGGAUCCAGAGUGGUGGUCUUUUUAUGAUAUUGACAUCUCAGAUGUACAUGGAUGUGGGAAAUUCCCAGGACCGAUGGCUAUAGUUGUAUCAGAAGAAACCCCUCAGGGCAUUCUCGGUGAAACUCUCAGCAAGUUCAGCAUCUGGGGACUGUACAUUACCUUUGUACUUGCUGUUGGACGUUUUAUCAGAUUACAAUGUUCUGACUUGCGAAUGAGAAUUCCUUUUGAGAACCUUCCUUCUUGUGACAGAUUGAUGGCAAUAUGUGAAGAUAUAUAUGCUGCAAGAGCAACAGGAGAGCUUGAAGUGGAAGAGGCUCUGUAUUGGACGCUUGUUAAAAUCUACCGAUCUCCGCACAUGCUGUUAGAGUAUACUCAGGCUGAAUAAAUUCUCGGAAGAGUUGGAAGAUAUUGAGUCUCCUGCUGCAUCGUCUUGCAGAAUUAUUGAUAAUUGAGCAUGAUCUAAUUCUUGGUUUCCAUUGGAAACGCAAAGCAGGAAGGCCACAUGUAAAGGCUGCUCAACUCAUGAAUCUCGAGUUCUUUUACUGUUUGGAGCCAGUCACACAGAGAAUCAAGAGUUCACACGGAUUCUAUCGGCGAUAUUUUGGGUGUGGUCCACUGAUAUUGAUUCUGGGAAAUUGCAUGCUCUGUUCAAGAGUAGGUUGAGGCAGCAUACACACUUCAACAGCUGAUAAGGAAUUAGGAUUAAUGUAAAUUUUUGGGUGAUUCCGAAACUACAUUCUUACAUUUUAGAUUAUGUUAUUUCCUCGGGGAAAAAAAAAACAUCAACAGAUAUCGCAAAAAUUUGAUUAUAUACAUUCCUUUUUUUCUCUCUCUCUCGCUUUUGCUUAUAUCCAUCAGUAGAUGAACCUUAACUU